AUGCCUAGAGUCGAAUUAAGCGCCGUCGCUGUGGGUGGAUUAGCCGAAGCGAAGGGGAGAGACGACGGUACUGGCGAGCAGACGAGCAGACGUGAGGAGGGACUCGAACCGAGGCGCGGUAGAGAAGCUGAGUUUGUGGUCGCGACAACAGAUGCGCAUCAUUUUGGACCGGUGUUGUGUGCUUUGUCAUCUUGCCCGGCCUCCAGAUGUUGUCUGAGAGAGACGGCGCCGGCCAAUCUCAGGUGGUUGAGGGGUCGGACGAAGGCGGUGCGAAUAGGUUGUUAG